UGGCGAAAGAAAAAGACCAAAUUGGAGCGGACGGACAAGCUUGAAGUAAUGACAGCGCGGAUGGAAAUGCCAGACAUUAAGCUAACGGAUGAGUCAGUACCCAGUCGAGCGACGCCUAAGCAGCUAUCAAAUCAGAAGAAAAAACGUACUCGUACUCCCGGGAAAGCAGAAAUGCCUAGAGCGAGGAGCCCUAAUGAUGACAAGACAGCAGAGGAGCAUGUAGAUGCAGCUCCAGCAGUUCAAACAGCCAAGAAAAGGGUGAAGCAUAGCAAAAAGAAAGCAGAUGUUGGUAAAAAGAAAUUUCAAGUCAAAAAGGAUGAUGACUCCGGAUCCGACUGCAUCGACUAUUGGCUGGUCGUGCUGGACCCACCAGACGAUUUUGCUCUGGACAAAACCGCUGCAGAAGCUGCAUUUUCAGCUGCUGCAACCGCGCUUGACUACUCAACUUUACCUUCAGGGGUCCAAGGUGGUUUGCACCUGGCCGGUCGAGUAUCAGGAAGCAGAGAGGGAUCAUGGGAAAGGGACAGAGGAAGCAGAGGAAGCUCAGCUUCUGCAGAGCAGGAUGAUAAGAGAAGAUCUGGCGAGAAGGAGAAAGGCAGCGCAGCUUCUGCAGAACAGGAGCCCAAAGAUGGAUCUGGAAAGCUACCUGUCUUACGACUAACUCCCACGAUCAGCGGAGCAUCUCCAAGCAUCUCAACCGCAACAGCCAAAGCCACUUCCGAUAAAACUGCUAUUCUAAAGGCGUUCACCGGCCCAAUGCGGACUUCGCCAUCGCUGUCGGUAAGCGAGGAAAGGCCAGGAAUGAGGGUGAAGGUGGUGAGAAAGGAGAUUUCCUUUUGCAAAGCUUUUUUACAAUGA